AUGGAUGCCGUAUUACUGAAUAUUGUCGGCAGUGUUCCACUAGUGACCAAGUUAUGGGCUAUCGGUUGCGUUGGUCUUUCGCUUUUAACCAGUACGUACGCUGUGGACCCCUCAAAGAAGAUCUACAAUUUUGAUCUAGUAUUCAAAAAAGGUCAGUAUGGGAGGAUUUUAUACUCGCUCUUCGACUAUGGUGAACUAGAUUGGGCACUGAUGUUCAAUAUCUAUAUGAGUAUCAAUCACCUUACUGUGCUGGAGAACUCAUUCAAUUCGAAAAGAAGGUAUUGUUGGAUCGUGAUACUGACAUUGGCUUGCAUUAUUGUCAUGAGUAGCAUGGAGCAACCAGCCUCAUCCCUGGGAGUCAUCUUGCAUGAGAACUUGGUAUACUAUCAAGUUCGCAGGAACAUUGAAGGUGAGCACUUUCGGAUGCUGGGAUUUGAAGUGUCACCGCUAAUGAUCCCACUAUACAUGAACGCCUUCAUGCUAUUUGUACUAAAGAGAAGCUGGUUACAAGUGGCAAUGAACUUCGUUCCUGGUCAUAUAUUGUGCUAUUUGGAUGAUACUAUUAAUAAGAUAUAUGGAGUUGAUCUCUGUAAGACACCAUACGAUUGGUGGAUUGAUCGCAGAGCAAGACCUAUCAGGUAA